AUGGUACAGACUCUUACUUACCUAAGACGCAAAUACCCAAUAGUUCAACCGCAGUACUUAUCGAUUAACGGUGGAACACAAGAACUGACUGUCGAACAGCAAAUCUAUGUGGAGGGGGAGAAGGAUGAUGAAAAGCCAAUUAUAGAAGUUUUGCUAACUGAAAACGUUUCUGGCUUGGGAGGCAAAGGUUCUCUUGUGAAAAUCCAUCGAAAUAGAUUCUGGAAUAAUUUGUACCUUCGUGGACUUGCCGUACUUCCUACUGUGGAUUGUGUUAAUGAAUUGCAGUCAGAAAAUGUCAAUGUCCUGUGUGGUCAUUCCUACGAAGUACAACAGCGCCUCCUUAAUAUGACUUUGUAUAUCCCAAUGAAUCCUUUCCUGUCAUGGACGUUAACACCCAAGCAUGUGAAAGUGGCUUUCCGUCGAAUUGGAGUGGUGGUCGAAGAAGAGGAUAUCACAGUGCCUGAGAAGCCAGUGACCACGUCCACGUCGGAGGAAUUCAUUGUCAAUGUUAAUAUUGCGAAUGUCGCUUCCGUUCCCGUGAAAUCGAGAAUUUUCCUUUACCAACGAUUGGAUGCGAAAACCACGACGAAGCCACCUGCAAACACAUUCCGCAAAAUACACCUCGACGAUUGGACGUCCGACUUUUCAGAAAACGAGCUUCAGUUGUUGCCUGGCCACACAAUUUCCUUAAACAUUGUUGGAUCACAUCAUGGCUAUCAUCGAUGCCUUGGUACUUUGGAUUUGAUUGGCUACAUGGCACUUUGCUGUCAGUUUGAGCGGAAGUACUUUGUGGUUUUACAAAACUUUUCUCGUGCUUCAUCAAAUGAAGCGAAAGCGCGUUUGAAGACCCUUUUUUCUAUUCAACGAGUGAAUGGAUGGACCAAACAGUGCAAGAAAGUUACCCUAACCCAGACAAAUCAAAAUGCCCUCGGUCAUUUCGACAAGUACUACACCCACUUACUCGGUGCGGCCUCCUGGAGUGGUAUUCGGGCAGCUCUCCUCGCUCCGGCUGCCAAAGUUGCCGUUUUAAAUUCCAUCAAUCCAUCUAUGCCUGAGCUCAUUAAAGAACUUCUCUCAAAGCAGUACUUUGACCUUUUCGACGAGUUGAGUAAAGGCGAUGUUCUGCCCGAAUCGGUUUUGCCACAGAACCCUGACAAUGUCGAACCCCCUCCUGAUCAACAUUUCCUCGUAAGACAUGACACUCCGCCAGGUCAAUUUUCUGAAUUCGUGCCCCCCACUGAAUUCAUCAGCGAAAAAACGGUCUACACCCGGGAGUCGGACCGUGGCUUCGUUGUUCGUGCCAGAUCUGAUUUUUUUGAACCUGUGGAUCUUCCUGUUGUGAACGAGGAGUCCUGUCUUAUCGAAUCGUUUCGAAAUUUGAGCUGCAACGGAGAUAACUGUUCUUCAAUUACUUCUAAAAUCACACGUAGACUCGGUUUUGAUUUUUAUCCCUUGGAUUUGGGAUCGGUCCUCGCGGUUCUCGCUCUGGAUAUUCAGCCGGGCACGCGGAUGCUGGACUUGUGUUCUGCGCCUGGUGGCAAGGCGGUAGCGGCCCUACAAACACUUAACCUUGAAUACUUGGUUUGCACUGACGUUUCGUCGUCGCGUGUGGAGCGUCUGAAGAAUGUUCUCAACACUUUCGGCCCAGGUGUGGGCACUGGUCGUCCGAGCUUUCCUGACGUCGAAGUCAUGAUGACUCAUUCCAUUCGUCGACGCCUGCCAACCAGUGGCCCCGAAAAGGGUACUUUGUUCAAUCGGGUGUUGGUUGAUGUUCCUUGCUCAACUGACCGAACUGCUCUCACAUCCGAUAAGGGCAGCUACUUUUCGAAAGGCAAAGGCAAUUCAAGAAUAAAUUUGCCUGUGACGCAAAAGAGGCUAUUACAACAGGCAAUGGCCGCCUGCCAGGUUGGUGGUUACGUUGUCUAUUCAACCUGUACUCUCUCAACGGCACAGAACCAGGCUGUUGUCGAGUCGUGUCUGACCAGCCCAGAGAAAAAUGCUGAGUUUGCCAUUGUGGAUCCCACACACCUACUCAAUCUCUGCAACUCAAAACUAGCCCCUAUCUCAGGCAUCAAGGUAGCACCGGCUUAUUCAACCGCAGCCUCACCGAUCGGCGUUCUGGUUCUUCCCUGUCUGGCCGCCAAUUAUGGACCCACUUUUAUUUGUAAAUUAAAACGAGUAGCAUAA